AUGGGCCUCAAGGCAAAAACGGGUAGCCGCAAGCAGGGACGCAGCGAAGACCCCGCCAAGCCAGUCCAAGGGGAGAGCAGCCACAUUCCUGGACACACAUUCCUGGUCGAGGCCCCUGCCAGCCACCACCCUCCCUCCGCCCAGCGCGGAGACUGCUGCCCAGGCGGCCGCUUCCUGAAUGGUGGCCACAGGGGGAGGGGCCCCGAGGCCGCCGAGCGCAGCAGGGAGCCGAGGGCCCCUCGCAGGAGCGCAGGACCCCCUGGCGCUGCCCCUCUGCACCUGCCCGCCCCAGCCCUGCCAACUCUCGCCCUCCCACGGCGGCAGCAGGAGGAGAGGACCUGCCUGGGUCGCGCCCGCCUGACCCUCCCCUCGGCGCUGCGGCGGGGGCGGGAGGGGGCUGCGGGGCCGGCGUCCCCCCAGGGCCUGCCCCCCCAGCCCGGGCCGCGAGAUGCCCCGGGCCCCUUCGUCGUGGCGCGAGGCGGCAGAGGGACGAGGGCCCCUGCUCCCUGCGGCCUCCGGGGCCGGGAGGCGGGGAGGAGGGCGGGCCGGCGCGGGGGAGGGGCCGCCGCCACUAUAAAGGCCCGUCCCGCGGCCCCGCUACAGCCCGGGACGCACACGUGCGCGCGGCGCCGCAGCCGCCACCGCGGGCCACCGAGACCCGCGCCUCCCCGGCCCGGGCGGCCGCGCGGCCGGCGACAUGCGCGGCGCGAGGCGGAGCUGACGGCGGGUGCAGUGUCCCUCGCCAUGCUGCGCUCCGCGCCGCCGGGCCGCUACCUGUACCCCGAGGUGAGCGCGCUGUCGGAGGACGAGGACCGGGGCAGCGAGAGCUCCGGCUCCGACGAGAAGCCCUGCCGCGUGCACGCCGCGCGCUGCGGCCUCCAGGGCGCCCGGAGGCGGGCCGGGGGCAGGCGGGCGGGGGGCGGCGCCGCGGGGCCCGGGGGGCGGCCGGGCAGGGAGCCCCGGCAGCGACACACGGCCAAUGCGCGCGAGCGGGACCGCACCAACAGCGUGAACACGGCCUUCACGGCGCUGCGCACGCUCAUCCCCACGGAGCCCGCCGACCGCAAGCUCUCCAAGAUCGAGACACUGCGCCUGGCGUCCAGCUACAUCUCGCACCUGGGCAACGUGCUGCUCGUGGGCGAGGCCUGCGGCGACGGGCAGCCGUGCCACUCUGGGCCCUUCUUCCACGCUGCGCGUCCUGGCAGCCCCCCGCCGCCGCCCCCACCGCCCCCCGCCCGCGACGGCGAGAACGCGCAGCCCAAACAGAUCUGUACCUUCUGCCUCAGCAACCAGAGAAAGUUGCUCCUGCCGGGCUUGGUGGCACCGGAAAAGCAGGCAGUGUACUCUCCUCCCCAAACUGCAUGGGGAAGCCGGGAGCAAGGACCGAGACAGAAAGACGACGAUUCGGAGUUAGAGGCGACGCCGCCGGGCUACCCACAGAGCCCAUGUGGACCUGACUCGGGCACAGGCCUCCUGGGAGGGCGCCCACCUGGCCGGCCCCGCCUCUGGCGACGGGGGGCCGGCGGACAGACAAGCAGCGACAGGACUCUGCACUGGCCCAACGGGCCGGGCCCACUGGAACCUUCCGUGCUGGCUUCCUACCUGGGGUUUCUUCUGGCCACUACGUGCUGGUAUCUUGUGUCUUUGAUAUGAUAAUAUAAAGUCUGGAAACUUUGUAUAAUUAAAAACAAAACAGUAUCGUCCAA